AUGCCCACCCAGUUUGGCUCUCCUAUAUAUAAAGGACAUCAGUCAGGCUUUGAUUCAUCCGCCGUUGCAAUUCUACGAGCUGCCGGAGCUCUCAUCUUCGGCAAGACUACCACGACGGAGUUUACCGUGAGCAACUCGGGACCAGACACCACUAACCCUCAUAACCCCAAUCGGACCCCAGGGGGCUCUUCAUGCGGAUCUGCGGCAGCGGUAGCCGACUACCAGGUUCCACUAAGCCUUGGAUCACAGACUGGUGGUAGCGUUAUUCGUCCAGCAUCAUUUACGGGAGUCUUUGCUAUGAAGCCAACCUAUAAUGCCAUUCUAAUAGAAGGCCAAAAGACCUUUGCACCGACAUUUGAUACCUUGGGGUUCUUUGCUCGAAGUGUCGAAGAUCUACAGCUACUUGCCGACGCCUUUGCUCUUGUGGACGACAAGACUCCUGGUGAAAUCCCACUGAAAGAAGUCUCUGUUGCCGUGAUGAAGACUCCGAUGUGGCCGGAGGCGGGACCUGGCUCCAUAGCAGCCAUGAACAAAGCGGCCGCAAUUCUCAAAAGCAGGGGCGCACAGGUUGAAGAAGUCACUUUUCCCACUGAGGUCAAUGAUUAUGUUGUUCUAAAGGGAUCGCAGAAAGUGAUCCUCGGUGGCGAAGCUCAAGCUUCCUUUCUCAGGGAAUAUUGGAUAGACAAGGCAAAUCUCGCCGCAGAAAUAUGCGAUCUGGUUGAGAACACUGCCAACUACACCAAUAAAGAGAGGAUGGAAGCCUUUGAUGCGUACGCUAGAAUGCGGAACGCAGUCAACAACCUAGCUGAGAACUACUCAGUGAUUCUAGCACCUAGUGCCGUGGACGAAGCGCCCCUCGGGCUUGACGACAUGGGCUCUGCAGCUUUUAACACUAUGUGGACGGCGAGUGAUUUCUUGAAAUUGCAUUUGGUUCAUCAUUCGCUAACUCUACAACAGGGAUUUCAUAUGGCUGUCAUCCACAUACCUGCAUUUAUCGGUGCUAAUGGCAUGCCUGUUGGCAUAUCUCUUGUGGCCCCCAGAUUCCGUGAUCAGCAUCUCUUGAAGGUCAACAAGAUCUUGGGUGACGCUUUGAUGGCGGAAGGUGGUUGGAAGGUGUAG